GUUUUUGUUUUUUUUGCAACCGGGGUCAGUUGUCCUCGUGAUGCAGACCCAACUCCCCCGUAGCUAGUUUAAUUACUGGCACGUUGUCCACAGCUUAACCAAAUCCAAUCUUUUGGGCAUAAAAUCCAAACCAUAACUUGAACGUAAACCCGUUCAAACUCGUCCACAGCGAAUCUAAAAGAAAUGUCGCGUUGUUUGAGACGUGUAAAAAUCAAAAUCUGUAGAUCGUACUAUAUUAACAUUUUGUGGAUACCUACACUUAAUUUUCUGCCAAAAAAUCGCCCUGAUUGCGCACACCUGUCUGUCAGGUAAGGGCGACGGAAGUGCGGUUUGGCCGGAGACUCUGAAGUCUUCUCCAGGCUGUAUUUAUUAUGGCGACGCCGCUUUUUAAAUGUGGUGCGCGUUAUUCCUUUAUGGUGCUCGUGGUUAUCGGCCUGUCGUUUAAGUCGUGCUACAGCUUGGAAAACGAGUCUGCUGAACCCGACGCCACCCUUCACCACGGUAAUAUCCUGAGCCCUUUGCUGAAGGCUUUGUCUGGGCAGAACCCAUGGGGAGAUUUCACACCACGAGCCAAACCUGACUCCAGAUAUGUGCGCUACAUGAAGAGACUGUAUAAACUAUCAUCCAAACCGAACAGGAGUCCCGAGGCCUCACACCUGUACAACACUGCCCGUCUGAUCACACCUAGAGAGGAGUGUCUCGAGCAAAACCGAGAAUUCUUCAUGCAGGAUAUUUCCUACAGUCUGAAUCGAGUGAGGUCUCAGGAGCAGCUACUGAAGUCGGUCCUGCUUUACUCUUUCGACCACAACCACAUCACCCCGUUCACAUCGCUCUGCUACCUCGAUGUCAAGGAACAGAAGCCCUCCAAGGAUCACAUGUGUUCUCCGCAUCUCAGCACGCAGCAGUCGGUCCCCCUCCUCACCUUCCGCGUCCACACCGAGAGGAGAGUCCGCCGUCGCUGGGUGGAGGUCGACGUGACCUCCUUCCUCCAGCCUCUCAUUCAAGCCCACAAGAAGCACAUCCAUCUGCUGAUCAACCUGACCUGCGUCGAAGACAUGAUCCCCAGACCAGGAGGCCAGGUUCAUAAGAGCCCGGUGGAGUUAACACACAGAUCUCCGUCUCUUCUUCUGUACCUUAACGACACCAGCGAGGUUGCAUACCAGAGAAGAGCCACACGAGGUAGGAUGGUGGACCUGACGACAAACCGCUGGGAUGGAAAGUCCACAUGGUGGGAUUCGGCUUCGCGAAAGAGACGAGGCACCCUAAAGAGCACCGAUUCGCCAUUUGCGGAAACCAGCAUGCCCAAACUCGUCCCUAUGUACGACUUUCCAACAGAUGACUGUGACCUCUAUGAUUUAAAAGUGAGCUUCAGUCAACUCAAACUGGACCACUGGAUCAUAGCGCCUCACAAAUACAAUCCGAGGUAUUGUAAGGGAUCUUGUCCGAGGGCUGUGGGAUAUAUUUAUGGGUCGCCGGUGCACACAAUGGUUCAGAACAUUAUUUACGAGAAGCUGGACUCCUCUGUGCCUAGACCUUCUUGUGUACCUUCAGAAUAUAAUCCACUGAGUGUUUUGACCAUUGAAAACGACGGCUCUAUUGCCUACAAGGAGUAUGAGGAGAUGAUUGCUACCAGAUGCACCUGUCGAUGAAUUGUUUGGGGUCUUUUUGUGAUGCAAUGCUUAGCAAAACACUGACCUGUUGUUUUUUUUUUUUUUUUUGCACUGGCCAUUCUUAUUAUAAAGAUGAUUAACGACUUGACCACAUGAAUCAGAUAAUUACCUUUUUAUCUGAUUCUGUAGUGCUUAGAAUAUUCAAAUCAGUUAAGCAAUUGAAAUGUUUCGGUGUUUUCUUAGACACUUUUUCUUCUGUAUAAUAGUUAUAUGGGGGUACUUAAUUGUCUUAAGGGAUAAUUUUCUUUUUUGAUGACCGGUUGUUAUUUUAUGUUUUGUUUUGUCGGUUGGUGGUCUUGUCUCGCACUUUCUAUUCCUUCAACAUGAAUGGCAAAAUUUUAAUACUUCUAGUUCUGGACAGAAUAUAAAAAGUGUAGUUCUAUUGUCUUUUCAGAACACUUUUACGUUGUUGUUGUUUUUUUAAAACCUGGGAAUUGUAGACGGUUGUCUCAUGGGCAACCUCUCUCUUCUUGAUGUCCAGAAAAUAAGUUGCCUUAAUUGUGGGCAACUUGAUAUGUUUGUAUUAAGAAGCUAAUAGAUGAGAAUGUGUGUCACAUGACCAUUUAUAUAAUUUAUGUCUGUGUAGUUUGGUCAGGUUGGCUUUGGUUUCACAAAAGAAAAAAACCCAUAUGAAAAUGUAGAAUAAAAACAAAAA